GGCUCCUCCCGUUGUAGGCGGGGCCUCAAUGCGAAUACAAAUACUAAGCGGAUCCACCCAAGCGACAGGAUUAUCCGAGAAUUGUGCGACUCGAGGAGACAAACAGAGAAGUGGACGGAAUAUACUUUGGUUUUUUGAACAGAACCAGACUCAACCAUGAGUAAAGACACAGAGAUCGACAUGAAAGAAGUGGAGCUCAAUGAGCUGGAUCCUGAGAAGCAGCCAAUGACUGGUGAUGGCCAGGCACCGGCCGGGGAGAAAAAUGGCAGCGUCAAGCUGAAGGUCCCCGAUGAAGAGGUGACAUUCACCGGCCUGUCCAAAGAGGAGCUGAUGAAAGUUGCUGGCACUCCAGGAUGGGUGCGAACCCGCUGGGUGCUUCUCAUCCUGUUUUGGCUGGGCUGGAUAGGCAUGUUGGCCGGAGCGGUCGCGAUCAUCGUCCAGGCCCCUCGCUGCAAACCCAUCCCUGAGAUGAACUGGUGGAACGAAGGACCCCUGUACCAGAUCCCUGACGUCGUAGCUUUCGCUAAUGGAAUGGAAGGUGUAGAGACCAAGUUGGAUGCUAUGAACCAGCUGAAGGUGAAAGGCCUUGUUCUGGGCCCUCUUCACUCCGUCCAGGCCGACCAGCCAAACACCCUGGAUUUUAAAGCAGUUCAUCCAGACCAGGGAACAGAGAAAGAACUGGUUGCUGUGCUGGAAAAGGCCAACAAGAAGGGCAUUUCUGUGGUGCUUGACCUGACUCCAAACUACUCAGGAGCAGCUUCCUGGUUUAGCCCUGCAGAUGUUAGUGAUGUGAUGGAGAAACUUAAGGCUGCGGCAGAAUAUUGGCUGGAUUUGGGUGUCGCUGGCAUAAAGGUAUCGGACUUGGAAGUUGCCACCAGCUCUCUUGAAUGGUCAAACCUGCAAGCUGUUGUCCUGGGCAACCAUACCGAGGACACCAAGAAGAGGGCCUUGAUGGGUGUAGUCAAAGGCUUUUCUGCUCCAGAGUUGUCCCAGCUUGUCAAUACCUCCGGUGUGAAUCUCGUCCUGUCCGACCUGCUCAGCAGCAACACUGGAGGUGUGGAGCGCAUCAAGGCCAUGAAUACCCUUAAUUCCGACCAGAGAAGUCUGGCCUGGGGUCUGGGUGCUGCCCAGAGGGACCAGCUGUCCACACUGGCAAAAACUCCGUCCCUGAUCCGUCUCUACCAGCUUCUGUUGUUCACCAUGCCUGGAACCCCUGUGUUUACAUAUGGAGACGAGAUUGGCCUUAAAGCAGUAGAGAUGGUUUGGGACAGCGAGAAAGAACCUGCAGAAGGAGCAGUAGUUGAUGAGGCAGCUGAGGCUGAGAGGAAGGAACAAGUUGCUAUAAGGGAGUGGUUCAAAUCCCUCAGCGACCUGCGGGGCAAAAAGCGCUCUCUCCUCCACGGCCACUACUAUCCUCUCUACUCCUCUGCCACCUCACUCGCUUUCCUUCGUCUGUGGGACCAGAGCGAGAGAUACAUAACGGCUGUCAACUGGGGAGAGGCACCAGAGACACUAAAGCUCUCGCUGACACCUACAGAGGGAGUAGAGCUGCCAGAGACGGCCACGGUGAUAAGCAGCUCCUCAACAUCAGCAGACCUUGCAGAAGAAUCCACAGUCAGCCUUGACAAUAUCACUCUAGGACCAGGAGAAGCUGUCCUGCUGCAGUUCUUCUACUCAGGCUAGAGAUGGCGCUAAACUACAGGAAGGCUGCGCACAGAUUAGUGUGAUUAAAAGAAAGAUAAGACGGCCCUAGUCGUAAGGAAUACAUUGGCAUAUUCAAAAGUAUUUUAUUUAGAACUAAGUUAAAUUUUGGUCAAAGAAAAACUGCCAUAGAAAUGCAGAAUAUUGGUCAGUAAAAACUCUUGGAUUUAUUUGCUCGGUUUUGUUUUUUUUACAAAGUUUUGUCCUUUUUUGGUUUAUUUUCUUGUUUUUAGUUCUAAGAAAAGAUGCAACCAUCAUCUAUUGAGCAUUUUGUUCAUUUUUGAUCUUUAAUUGUUGACUAUCUGUACAUUGUGCAGAUGGGUGAAAUACAUUCCAUUUUUGUUCUUUGGGCAUUUAAACAGUUUGUUUUGUUAUUUUUACUUAUUCAUUUUAAAAAAUUAAGUUUUUAUGACAGUUUUACUAUCGUAAAGUUUUGUUUUUAUUAACUGGGAAGGCACUAAGGAAAAAACAAGUUAGAAAUUUGAACAAGUGCGGUGCCUGCGUUUAUAGUAUUUGAAAGGUUGCAAGAAAGCAAAACUGUUGCAGAUUCUUCAAGUCUGUCAAGUGAACUCAAUUGGAAAUGAAUAAACCGUUCUGUACCGAC